AUGUCUUUUUCGCGAACGAGCUCGGGAAUUUACAGUGGUCUCUUCUCUACCGACCUUCUUCCUUUAUUAGGGGCUAAAAUCAGUCGAGCCACAAAACUUCGCAGGCACAUAAUAUCCCCAUACGAUCCACGUUACAGGGCUUGGGAGAUUUUCCUACUUCUCUUGGUUAUAUACUCUGCUUGGAUUUCUCCAUUUCAGCUCGCAUUUCUAUUUACUUACGAACCAGAUGCUCUGUUUAUAGCCGACAACAUUGUCAAUGGCUUCUUUGCUAUCGACAUUAUUCUCACGUUUUUCGUGGCUUAUAUCGAUAGUCACACUUAUCUGCUAAGGGACAACCCGGAAAAGAUAGCAAUAAGGUAUUUAUCGACUUGGUUCGUUUUCGAUUUGUGCUCGACAAUUCCAUUUCAGUCCGUUCGCAUGCUGUUUAUAAACCACAAUGGCGGGCUCGGUUUUGACCUGUUGAGCAUGUUAAGGCUUUGGCGACUCAGAAGAGUCAGCUCACUUUUCGCAAGGCUUGAAAAGGACAUACGGUUCAACUACUUCUGGACUCGCUGCACGAAACUGAUAUCCGUGACUCUAUUUGCGGUGCAUUGUGCCGGGUGUUUCAACUAUAUGGUUGCCGAUAGAUACCCGAACCCAAGACGAACAUGGAUAGGGGCCGUUUAUCCGAAUUUCAAGCAAAUGGGUCUUUGGGAAAAGUACGUGGCCGCAUUGUAUUGGUCGAUCGUGACGUUGACCACCACAGGCUACGGUGACCUGCACGCGGAGAAUCCGAGAGAGAUGGUGUUUGAUAUUAUGUACAUGCUUUUCAACCUAGGAUUGACUUCUUACAUUAUAGGCAACAUGACGAACCUCGCGGUUCACUGGAGCUACCGAACGAGCAAUUUCAGGGAAACAAUAUCGGUUGCUUCAGAAUUUUCUAGAAGAAACCACUUGCCGAGCGAUAUUCGAGAUCAGAUUCUAUCACACAUUUGCCUCAAGUACAAAACACAAGGAUUAAAGCAGCAAGAAACGAUAAACGGCCUGCCCAAAGCCAUUCGUUCGAGCAUUUCACAUUAUCUUUUUUACCAUGUCGUAAAAAAUGUCGAUCUCUUUAGAGGGACUUCUCGAGAUUUCCAUCUACAGAUGGUCCAUGAAAUGGAAGCCGAGUACUAUCCUCCGAAGGUAGACGUGAUCUUGCAAAACGAGAAUCCUACGGAUGCUUAUAUAUUAGUCUCGGGAUCAGUCGAAUUUAUCGCCAAGAUCGACGGUCACGAUCAAGUCAGACUUUCUGCAAUCGCUCACCACCGUUCGAAUUCGGAAAAAUGA